CGAGACGUUUGUUUCGGAGCAGUUGCUGGCAGUUGCAGUUGUUUUAUUUUACCCUCUGCCUGCUGCUUAACCGGACAUUGCUGCGUCAAGGUACAAAAACGUUAAGGUUUCAAGAACUAUGACGGACAUCAUGAGUAAACUCAAGACGGCUGUUGUGCUGUUGGAGCGGCUCGAUCCUGGAAUGCCCGGUGCCCAGUGGAGGUGCGCUUCUCGAGAGGACAGAGUGCUCCGAUGCCAAGGUUCUCCAUUUGUGCUGCUAGAGCGACUGCCCCCAGGGUCUCCUUGUACCUUGAGGAAUCUCCAUAAGCUUCCAUAUAGCCAUCGCCAUCCUCAGGUUGUGUUGAAGCGGCUAUCUCAACGCCCGUGUCCUGCCUCCAAGAAGGUGGUGCAGAAGCAGCAACUCAACCAGUAUCCUCUAGUCAUGCUCGAGCGUUUGCCCUUCAACUUUGACCGAACCAAACGUGAUGGAAAAUAUGGCUGCUCACGACGAGAACGACGACAGCGCUGCCCAUCGCUGAGUGAAGGCAUCAUAGCUGCGAAGAUAGCGGCUGCUAGGAAGGCUCCCCGACUCAAGGUGCCUUAGGACGCCUAAGAUUCACCUAUUGGACUAGACGUCGUCUCAGAAGACCUCGAGGUUGCUCAGGAAGUCUCAGUCUCAGCACAAGGCUCUAGCCAUUAGCUGCCCAGUCACCACAAGGUUUUUGGUUGUGCGUGUGUAUCUCUGUUUUGAAUGUGUGUUUGUGUAACAUGCUAAAUCUGAUUUCUGAUCAAAGGGUUCAAUUAUCACGUGGGGUUACGAGCAAGAGAAGUCUUGGCUCUCAAACGUGGGUAGCACUCGUUUUUGCAAAGCUGCACUACCAAAGAGUUUUAAGUUUGCACAUUUAUUCUUUGCUGCUGUUUUUGCAUUUGUGCUACGAAGUUCGAGCUCUCCGGUGCAUAUUUUUUCCCCCACUUGUUUCAUUGUUGUCUUGUUUCCUGCUGUCUUGAUGUGUAUACUAUUGGAUAUUUUUGUCUGGAAGUUUGAAUAAACACUUUCAGAACCUCUG